CCAAUAAUCUCUCUUUGCUGCUUGUAGCUUAGUGUUAGAUGCAGUUCUCACCAGCACUUGCAACCUACAUUAAAUUUCUGCAAGCUAAUUAGAUUGUAUAGACAUAUGAAUCCUUGGAAAACUUUAUAAUUUUACUUUAUUAAUAUUUAACAUUUUCACAUUAGUAUGGGUAAAGCUGAAACGCUGCAGCAAAAAAGGAGAAAGGAUUUUAUACCCUACUUUUUGGGCUUUGUCAUUUUUUUGUAUGCCUCGGUUCAUCUUGUAUCAUUUACAGCAAAAUCAACUCAGGAAAUCCACUCAGUGAGGCGGCGCCGCGCUCUUGAGAAUGAAACAGAGUGCAUCUCACCACAGGCAUCUGAGUUUCCUGAGGGCUUCUUCACGGUGCAGGAGCGGAAGGAUGGGGGGCUCGUAAUUUAUUUUAUGAUUAUUUUCUACAUGCUUUUGGCUGUUGCGAUAGUCUGCGAUGAUUACUUUCUUCCAUCCCUAGAAGUAAUAAGUGAACGUUUGGGACUGUCCCAGGAUGUGGCAGGAGCCACAUUUAUGGCAGCAGGAAGUUCUGCACCUGAACUGGUCACAGCGUUUCUGGGUGUGUUUGUGACAAAGGGGGACAUUGGGAUCAGCACCAUUGUAGGAUCAGCUGUGUACAACCUGCUGGGAAUCUGCGCUGCUUGUGGAAUCUUGGCUUCUAUGGCAGGGCGUCUCACCUGUUGGCCCCUGUUCAGGGACUGCCUGGCAUAUGGAAUCAGUGUUGCUGCUGUUAUUGGCAUAAUUACUGAUAACAAGGUGUACUGGUAUGAGGCUGCCUCUUUGCUGCUGGUCUACAGCGUCUACAUUGUGGUUCUGUGCUUUGACCUCCGCAUCAGUGAGUUUGUCCUAAAGAAGCUGAGCCCUUGCUGCACCUGUCUGGGCUCAGGCACCAAUGAGAAAACGGAGAGACAGCCUCUAAUGGGCUGGAAUGAUGACACCAGUUUGCGCAUCCGCGGACGCUCAAGAACGGAUAGCGGGAUCUUCCAGGAUGACUCAGGGUAUUCUCAGCUCUCCCUCAGCCUGCAUGGCCUCAAUGAGAUUCCUGAUGAGCAAAAAAGUGUGUUUACCAUGCCGGAGAGUGACCUGAAAAGGAUCCUCUGGGUUCUGUCUCUGCCUAUCAUCACUCUGCUUUUUAUUACCAUCCCUGACUGCAGGAGAAGAUUCUGGAAGCACUGGUUCAUGAUAACUUUCUUCAUGUCAGCUGUCUGGAUUUCAGCUUUCACAUACGUACUGGUCUGGAUGGUCACUGUUGUUGGUGAGACUCUUAAUAUACCUGACACAGUAAUGGGACUCACUUUGCUUGCUGCUGGAACCAGUAUACCUGACACCGUGGCCAGUGUGAUGGUGGCCAGAGAAGGGAAAGCUGACAUGGCCAUGUCCAACAUUGUGGGCUCUAAUGUGUUUGACAUGCUGUGCCUGGGCCUGCCUUGGUUCAUCAAGACCGCCUUUGUGGAGACCAACAAUCCUGUAGAGGUCAACAGCACUGGACUGGUCUUUGUUUCCGCCACACUCCUCCUUUCAAUUGUCUUCCUUUUUGUUGCUGUACACAUCAAUGGAUGGAAACUGGACUGGAAGCUGGGACUCGUUUCUCUUAUUUUAUACAUCCUCUUCGCCACUCUGUCCAUCCUGUAUGAGUUGGGAAUUAUUGGGAAUAAUCCCAUUAGAUUGUGCAGCGACUAAAAUCUCAUCAUCUCAGAACUUAAGUUAUAUUUUUGAGACUAAUAGCCCAAACAAUAGAAAUUGUAAGCUCUUAAAACCUUAAAAUGUCAAGCCAAAGAUGUAUUUGCCCCAUUUAAAAUAAUACACUAUAGAAAACAUGUGCUUGUCACAGUUGUGGAGGAUGAUGAUCUCUGCUAGUUAAUAUUACCAAAGGUGGACAUUUGACAAAGAUCAUUUUCUUCUAUGCGCCACUGUGAUUAAAGUAAAGAACCACCAUCAUUCUAAAAUGUUUCCCAUCUCAAAGACCUGUCUUCACAACUACCAGUUUGUAAUUUAUCCUAU